UUGAAAUAUAUUGAUGAUCAGAUUCAAUAUCUACCGACGACUAUAUUAAGCAUUAUUGAAGCAUUACUGAAGUCUACACCAUCUCCUACUCUCGUCUCGACAUUCCCAGCUCCUACUAGCCUGCUCCCAUUUCAGGAGAUGCUGGCGUCUUUUCUACGUUCCAUACCCCUUCUCAGACGAAGAUGGACGCCACUUAACUUCUCGAAUCCGAACGUCGUCCGGAUCCCUGCAAGCCAGGCAAUCGAAGAGGAGACUAUCCCAGGGUAUGCUGCAGCCCGGUACUACCCUGUUCGGAUAGGGGAGACACUGAAGAACCGAUACCAAGUCGUGGGAAAGCUCGGGUUUGGAGCCAGCUCAACUGUGUGGCUUGCACGGGACAUGGACGGCUGUCGUUAUGUUACCCUCAAGAUCUACAUCAAGUCUGCAUCAUUGGGACAGCAGCUGAAUGAUGAGCUCAAUAUAUAUAAACGCAUAGAUGGGGCCUCACAGAAACACCCAGGUCAUAAAUAUGUCCGAUCAUUACUUGACUCGUUUGAUGUUGAUGGACCCGACGACAAACACCGGUGCCUCGUGCAUCCUCCAUUAUGGGAGAGCGUGUUGGCUUUUCUUUUCCGCAAUCCAGUACAAAGACUGCCUACACCUGUUGUGGCGGUGGUGCUUCACCGUCUAUUUUUGGCUCUGGAUUAUCUACAUACAGAAUGCAACAUUAUACACACCGACAUCAAGGCCGACAAUAUUAUGUUCAGUAUCAACGAUGAUUCGGUUUUUAGUGAUUUUGAAGAGAAUGAACUUCAGGAUCCCUGCCCUAGGAAAGAGCUGGAAGAUGGAAGGAUCAUUUAUAUCUCCCGGGAACUUAGAAUGCCCAAGCAAUUAGGUCCCCCGGUGCUAUGUGACUUUGGCUCUGCUGUUCUCGGCGACGAAAAACAUUCAGAAGACAUCCAGCCAGAUAUCUAUCGAGCACCGGAGGUAAUCUUGGAGGUUCCAUGGACAUACAGCGUUGAUAUAUGGAAUGUGGGAUGCAUGAUUUGGAACAUUUUCGAAGGAGGAUCCUUAUUCACCGGCCAGGAUCCAGAAUUUCAGACUUAUCGGAGUCGAGCACACCUCGCCGAAAUGAUACGCCUUCUUGGUCCGCCGCCGCCCAGUCUUCUUGCACGAGGGAAUCUGACCUCAAAGUUCUUUUCGGAGGAAGGUACCUUCUGCGCUGGAAUCCCAGUACAAGAACACACUCCGCUCGAAGAGAGGGAGACUACUCUCCAGGGAGAAGAAAGGGAGCAGUUUCUCCGUCUCGUUCGAAAAAUGCUGCAGUGGGAGCCGGGAAAGCGGAGCUCUGCUAAGCAAUUAGAAAUGGAUGAGUGGUUACAAGCAGAAUUACACAAAUAGACAGCUGAGAGAACUCCUAUUCUAAGGUCUGACAAGCGAUAGGGCUGCGUGGUUACAUCCCCAUUGGCAAGCUGAAAUUCACAUUCUCUUGUCGACACGACCAGAUCGGAUGAGAGCUUCGUUCAAUCGAAAGCCGAUGAUAUCCUGUUGGUUCGAUAAGAAUCAAAGAGGAGCUGCUCUGGAUCAAAAGUGGUGUUCUCAGUGUCAAUCUCUACUUGUAAAAAGACCCAUGUAAAUUUAUAUAGUGGCACGUGCAUCUGAAGACAACAGCGGUCUAGGCUGCAAUCUACCUCUCGACCUCUACCUUCGUGAACUGCCAUCGUCUAAACUGGUGGAAGGUUCCAAAACAGCCUUGAAGAUCUCAUAAUCUAUACGUCAUAGCUG